UUAAAUAAAUUAAUGCACGCCAGAAAAGUCCGCAUUGAAUUAAAAAUAAUCAAUCAUAUUUAUUAUUACAAGCUCGCUGACAUUCCAAAUUUUGUCUCAAAAUUGGCGCUCUAGCUGCUCGAAACGACUUAAAUUCAACAGACAUGUUUUCUGUUGGCUGGUUCGAAAUUAAUCUAAACCGUAGUGCUUCAAAGACAAUCGGCUCGUCAGGUGGAAUCAAGUAUUCUAGCCGCGGAGGUUGUUUUCAAGUGGCGCAGCAGUGCGCCAGAAGCAAUGUUUCAAAAGUGUAAAAAUAAAACCAUGCACUUUGAUGAUGCUGUAGCACUAGUGAGGAAGAACUUUUUGUGUUGUACACCAGUACUUCAAAUUGAUUGGCACGGUAUUUUGGAUGAUAUCAGCUGGGAAAACCAAGAAAAAUUACUAGAAUUCACUGUUAGUAAUCCUCUCGUUAUUCGUUACCCCGUAAAAGUUACGUAUCAGAUAGCGUUUUUGAAACACAUUAUCCAUCAUUUAAAUAAAAUGAAUAUAGAACAACACGAUCAGCUUUACGGCAAAUAUUGCGCCCUACUGAAUAAUCAAAGUGGUCCAUCAGAUCAAGCAGGAUUCAACUACAAACAUUACGAAAUACCUGGUAACGAUAUAAUAACGUUGAAAGAAUCGAGUGCUUUCAUAUCGGAUGGUACAACUGGUUUGUGCAGUUGGCAGGCUUCAAAGGCGUUAUGUGAAUUCAUAACCCAUAAUUUGGAAGAUUUUCGCGGAAAGAACAUUCUGGAAUUAGGAUCUGGCGUCGGCCUUACUGGUAUUUUUAUUGCCAAGUACUGCGAGCCUUCGAUGCUGGUUCUAUCGGACUGCCACAGCUCAGUAAUAAGCACCUUGAAGCAAAACGUUGAGCUAAAUUUUCCCAAAGGUGCUAAGGUCGAUUGCGAUAAUCCUUUGGUGAGUUGUUUAAUCGAUAAUGGAGACUCACUGGUGGCAGUGAUGGACAUUAAUUGGAGCUACAUUAACGAGUCGAAUUUACAUCAACUAAUUGAACCGGAAGUGGUGGUUGGCGCCGAUAUAGUUUACGAUCACACUUUGUUUCAGCCGUUACUAAUUGCAAUUAACUAUGCAUUUGCGCUUGCGAACAAUAAAUGCAAGUUUGUUCUUUCCUGUACCGAACGUAAUCAAGAUACUCUGAGUGAUUUCUUGGAACUACUUAUAACUGCCAGAUAUCGAAUAAAUGAAGAAACGGUGUAUGCUUCAAAACACUUUCAGUGGGAUUCCAGCUCCGCCAAAAUUCGAAUUUUUUCAAUUACACGCGAUUGGAGUUUUCAAUAAAUUUAUCUGUCCAUAAAAAAUUAAUUAAAACUUUACAAUCUUUACAUUUGCGCAUAACUAACAUUUUAUCUACAGAUUUAUCUACUUAAAUUCUAAUCUCUCUUGAACAUACUAAGCAAAGCAAAUUGUUAUGUAUAAAUUGCAUAUACGUUAUAAAUAAAGGA